AUGAAAGCAAACAUGGGCGGUACCGAAUUGUUAAAACCACUUCAAUGGCUACAAGAUCAUCCACCUGAACAAGGUCAAGCUCGACAAAUCUUUCUUCUAACUGACGGUGAAAUUGCUAAUGUUAGUCAAGUUAUUGAUCUCUGUCGGUCAAUGUCGACUUCCACUAGAAUUUUUUCUUUCGGUUUGGGUGGUUCACCAAGUCGUUCGCUUGUCAAAGGUCUCGCGCGUGCAACCAACGGUCGCAUCUAUGUGUUAAACGUGUUCAUCCCUUAUAUAUGUAUAUCUCGUUUAACAUCAUCAAUUAUAUUUUCUGAUACGACAUUAAUUAUACUUGAUGUAAUUGAAUCAUCAUCGUAUACAAAACGUGCAUUAAAUUUUAUAUUACAUACAAUAAAUAGACAAGAUUUUCGAAGAGAAUUUCGAAAAUUAAUAUCAUGUUCAAAACGAACAAUAUCGAGUACAUAA